AUGCACGACAACGGCGGUACGAUCUCAAUAGUUGGCCGUUCAAAGGACAUGAUCGUUCGGGGCGGCGAAAACAUCUAUCCGACGGAAGUCGAACAGUUCCUCUUCAAGCAUCCGAAGAUCGAAGACGCACAUAUUGUUGGUGUACCUGACGAAAGAUACGGCGAAUCGGUGUGUGCGUGGAUUCGGUUACAUGAAUCAGCUGUCGGUGAGAUCAACGAGGAGCACAUCAAGAAUUGGUGUAAAGGAAAGAUCGCUCAUUUCAAGAUUCCUCGCUAUAUCCUGUUCAAGAAAGAGCACGAAUUCCCGCUCACUGUGACAGGGAAAGUGAAAAAGUUCGAAAUAAGGGAACAGUCGAAGAUCGAGCUCGGCCUGCAACAGGUUGUUGACGUUAUGGUCGUGGUCUAUUGA